CUCAGCCCUCCCAAACGGGCCCUAAGUUCUUUGGACAUGGGAGUUGGGACAAGUUCAAUUCCAAUUUCCGGCAAAACGGCAAGGUCACGAUGUUACAGGGAGAUGCCAGAUAAUUUUAACGCCAUCGGCGGGGAAAUACCGGCUAAAUCACCGGAAGUAUUACUGCAAGGCUUUGACUUUCCACCGAGGAUCUCUCUGCUUUUGUUUUUUUUUUUUUUAUUCUUCCCCCUUUAUUCGUGUUCAGGAUGUUCAAAUGAUGAAACUGGAGGAGUAAUUUAGGUUUUCUGAUCUAUCUGAAUCAACACAAAGAAUUGGGAGUUUCAGUAAGUAUAAGUCAAUUAUUUGUUGGACAUUUUUUUAUCUGUCGAUUAUUGUUCAAGGUUUUCAAUUGUUUAUGAUGUCGAAAGUCGAUUCUGGAAAGAAAAAUGGUGGCGAUCCUGGUAACGGGAGGUUGUUGCAUGAACUUGAGGUGCUGAGCAAGGCUCUUUAUCUCAACAAAGACCCUCCAAAGGGUAUGAUUUCGGGCUCCGAUGGUCGAGCCAAAUCUUCUGGAAAAACCCAUGUCCCCGAGUUAAAGCCGAAACCUAGGUUUCUGAAGGAAGACUUGUCUCACAAGAAAAAGGACUUGUUGCAGAAGGACAAGAAGUCUCUAUGGGAUUGGAAGCCCUUGAAAGCUUUAUCACACAUUCGGAGUCGUAGAUUCAAUUGCUGUUUCUCUCUGCAAGUACAUUCAAUCGAAGGAUUGCCACUAAGUUUCAACGAUAUCAGUCUAUGUGUUCACUGGAAGACGAGGGAAGUCGGGUUGCAGACACAUGCGGCUAGGGUUUUUGAAGGGACCGUUGAUUUUGAAGAAACAUUGACACACAAAUGUUCUGUCUAUGGUAGCCGUAACGGGCCUCACCAUUUGGCCAAGUAUGAAGCGAAGCAUUUUUUGCUCUAUGCUUCUGUGGUCGGUGAUCCUGAACUAGAUCUAGGGAAGCAUCGGAUCGAUCUUACCAGGUUGUUUCCUCUUACUUUGGAGGAAUUGGAGGAGGAGAAGAGCUCGGGAAAGUGGACAACCAGCUUUAAGCUAUCGGGCAAGGCCAAAGGUGCUACUCUGAAUGUUAGUUUUGGAUUUUCAGUAAUAGGGGAUGAUCCGGUUGAAUCUGGUGGUGUUAGAAACGCUCCUCAAGUUUUGAACUUGAAGCAGAAUAGACCCAUUGCAAUAAAGCCUGUGAAUGGUUUUGAUAGAGGUCACAGCCACACUCUUCGGAGAGAUGGAAGCCUUCCUGGCAUUCCUAACCAAAGCUCUCACCUCCUAUCUCAGUCUGUGGAAGACGUGAAGAUUCUUCAUGAGGUUUUGCCAACUUCAAGGUCAGAGCUAUCCACUUCAGUAAAUUUGCUUUAUCAGAAGCUUGAUGAAGACAAAUUCAACUCUCUUGGGGAUUCCAAGCCCGAGUUUGAGGUUUUCUCUGAAAAUGUUGAGCCCCUCAAACCAAUUUCUAACUCUAUUUCUGAGUCUGCCAAAAAAUAUUCUGAAAAUACAUCGGAAGAUCCUGAGUUUAGUGUUAUUGACAAGGGGAUAGAAAUGUCUGGGAAUGAAGAUAUGAAGCUUGAUGAUGACAGUGAGAAGGCUUUUGAUGAUUCUACUGUAGAAACUAUCAAGACUGCUGAGAUCAACAUGGACAAUGAGGUGGCCCCUGAAGUGGACAUUAAGCCUAAUUUCCAAGGUGAGGCCUAUGGUAAUUUUAAAGAUGAUUUGUUGGUGGAUGAAUACAAAUCCAAAAAGAGCGAUACAUGCACCAAACAAUCGCUCAUGGAGGAACUAGAACAGGCUUUUCAUAACCUGUCAAUUAUGGAGUCAGAAAGACUAGGUUCUCCCCCAGCAAAAUGCCAGUCACCUGAGCAAGCAAAUUACAUGGAAGUUAAAUCCAACUAUAAAGCAAGUAAAAUGGGCAAGUCUCUGAGUUUGGAUGAUGUUACAGAAUCCGUUGCAAGUGAGUUUUUAAGUAUGCUUGGAAUUGAUCACAGUCCAUUUGAGUUGAGUUCUGAUAGCAAUCCUGAGUCUCCAAGGGAGCAAUUAUUAAGGCAAUUUGAAAAGGAUGCCCUAGCUGGUGGCAACUGCAUCUUUGGUUAUGAUUCUGGCAAUGAGAAAGAGGUAGAAUUUGGUUAUGAUGCCCCAACUAGUCCUGGUUUGGACUUCUCUGAGGAUUUCAACUUGUCAUCGGUUGUUCAUGCUGCUGAGGUAGAUCAUCAGAAAAUGAUGCAGGCGAUGAAGGGUAAAACGAGGGCCAAAAUGCUUGAAGAUUUGGAGACAGAAACUUUGAUGCGAGAAUGGGGUUUGAAUGAGAAGGCUUUUCAGAGUUCACCUAACAGCUCUGGUGGAUUUGGAAGUCCAGUUGAUCUACUACCUGAAGAGUCACUCAUGUUACCUCCCCUUGGAGAGGGAUUGGGUCCAUUUAUCCAGACAAGGGAUGGGGGAUUCUUGCGCUCAAUGAAUCCUUCACUUUUCAGAAAUGCUAAGAAUGGUGGGAGCUUGAUCAUGCAGGUCUCUAGUCCUGUUGUAGUGCCUGCUGAAAUGGGUUCUGGUAUUAUGGAGAUACUACAACGUUUGGCCUCUGUUGGAAUUGAAAAGCUCUCUAUGCAGGCUAAUAAGUUGAUGCCAUUGGAAGAUGUUACUGGGAAGACAAUGCAUCAAGUAGCAUGGGAAGCUGCACCAUGUCUGGAGGCAACAGAGAGGCAGGGAUUAUUGCAGCAUGAAUCAGUUGUUGGGCAAGAGACAUUUGGUGGAACAAAGAAAGGUAGAAAUGGGCACAAGUCUAAUAACUUGAACAUGAGCUCCUUAAGUGGACAAAUAGGAUCAGAGUAUGUGUCUCUGGAAGACCUUGCUCCUUUGGCAAUGGACAAGAUUGAAGCUCUCUCAAUAGAAGGCUUGAGAAUACAAUCUGGCAUGUCUGAUGAGGAUGCACCUUCAAAUAUCUGUCCUCAAUCAAUUGGGGAGAUCUCGGCCCUUGAAGGGAAAGGAGCUAAUACCACUGGCUCUCUUGGUUUGGAGGGAGCUGCAGGAUUGCAGUUGUUAGACAUUAAAGAUUCUGGAGAUGAUGUUGAUGGAUUAAUGGGUCUCUCAAUAACUCUGGAUGAGUGGAUGAGGCUGGAUGCUGGUAUAGUUGAUGAUGAAGAUGAAAUCAGUGAGCGGACUUCAAAGAUACUUGCUGCUCAUCAUGCUACAUGCACUGAUUUGAUUACUGGAGCACAAAAUCGAGACAAGAAACGUGGCAAGGGUUCUGGUAGAAGGUGUGGUUUGUUAGGCAACAACUUCACAGUAGCAUUAAUGGUGCAGCUUCGAGAUCCCUUACGUAACUAUGAGCCAGUUGGUGCCCCAAUGCUUGCUCUAAUUCAAGUGGAGAGGGUUUUUGUUCCUCCAAAGCCCAAAAUAUACUGCACAGUUUCAGAAAAGAGAAACCAUGAAGAAGAAGAAGAAGAAUCUGAAACAGUGGUGAAGGAAGAAAUCAAGGACGAGACAGUAGAUAGAAAGGAUGAAGAAGAAGGCAUUCCUCAAUUCAAAAUCACCGAAGUUCAUGUUGCAGGUCUGAAGACAGAGCCUGGCAAAAAGCUCUGGGGAACCCCAAAGCAGCAGCAAUCUGGAUCCCGCUGGUUGCUUGCAAGUGGCAUGGGAAAAAGUAGCAAGCAUCCAUUUAUGAAGUCAAAGGCUGUCACAAAAUCAACUCCCCAGAUGACAACAACAGUGCAGCCUGGGGACACCUUGUGGAGCAUCUCAUCACGUGUUCAUGGAACUGGGGCCAAAUGGAAAGAAUUGGCGGCACUGAAUCCACAUAUACGGAACCCAAAUGUCAUCUUCCCAAAUGAAACUAUUAGAUUGUGUUAAACUGUGCAUGCAAUUUAAAACCAUCCAAAUGGGAUUGAUGUACUACAUACCACCCAUUUUAUAGGGAUGUAUGAAGGUAUGCCGUUGAAACUUGCUGAGAAUAGAGCAGCGUUGAGUUUUUUGUGCAGGCAGCAAGAUUGAGUGGUUCAAAUUGUAAAUGGGUUAAUGAAUGUAAGCUAAAUGGUUCUUGGUUCUAAACAGCAAUGAUGGUAUCUGGCGGUUGAACUUUACCUUGUAUUUAGUAAUGGCUAUUGGCUAGCCAUGCAAAGAAAAUAAAAUGGUAAAUGUCCCCUUAA